GCUCCAGCACUGGGUCAGAACGGGGUGAAGUUUGAGACCAAGUUGAAUUUUGUGCUUUCCGCUGGGGAGUAGGGCUUGGGCUGUUGGCUGGGCUCAGGCUCUGUAGAUCAGGGGUGUUUGCAGAAGACCCCCCUCAGAGCAGGGGGCCCCCUCCUGGCAGUGAAAGAGGCCAGAGCACGUUGUCUUCUCCCUCGAGUGGGCAUCCUGCCUGCCGGGGCUUUGUCAGGCAGAGGCACAGGGGAGUAUAGGCUGCUCCAAAAAUAGAAGAGUGAUCCGAUCCGGCAGCCCCCGGGCUCCCACUGCGGGCUGCCCCCCGCCGUCUCAGGGCCAGCGCGGACUUGGCUGGGGCUGGCACGUGUGCCUCGUCAUGCUGCCGAAUGUCACGCUGCCUGUCAGAGCGUGGGCCCUGCCUGCAAGUUUCCUUCCUGGUCUCCAGCUUCGGGUAAUAGCUCUGGUCUUCCUGAUCCUUCUCAGAUCUGGUUCUUUUCUCGAGCCGCCACCCUCACAGCUCGGACUGACCGGAGGUGAUGCGUUUGCACAGGCGGCCUACAUCUGUGCCCCUGGGUACCCCUGCCUGGGAUUGUACGCUCUUGGCUCCGAGCGGGGUGGAAAUAAACGUGAGGCAGCAGGUGUCUGUUUUUGUCCUUUAUUAAAGCUGCGGUGAUGGUUGGAAGGAACUGGGGGAGGAAGGUCUGACUGCCGUGCCCAAGAUAAAUGUGUUGGUAGACUAUGAAACUGUCUCUCUGAGCGUCAGUAAAUUUGGGAAAUUCCCACAGUCUGCUUACAGAAAUGAAAUUCUGAAAUGCUUUAAAGCCCUUCCGAAGAAAAGGCAGCAGCAGAAGGAAUGCUGGAAGGGCCACAAAUACCAGUUAAUUAGGCCAGUUAACGGACUUUACAAAAGAUGUUUUUCGGGGCACCUGGCUGGCUCAGUCAGUAGAGCGUGCAACUCUUGAUCUUGGGGUCGGGAGUUGGAGCCCCACGUUGGGCCUAGAGAUUACUUUUUAAAAAAGGAAUUUGCAAUUAGGACUUCCUAAAGUAAUGGUUAUUAACCUUUUAUCUGGAUCAAGAAUCUAAGGAGAACUCUGAAGCCUGUCCAUAAAGACGUAUGCGCACACUCCUUACGUUGGUGCACAGCACUGACAUGAAAAAGCCCCGCCCUGGGGAACUAGGCUGGCAUAGAGUAAGUCACACCCCUGCCAUCAAGGGCUGGCUGGCUAAAAGGGCUCGGCCCCCCUCUCCAGGCCCAGAGGGUGUUUGGACAAAUGCUGAGCGCUCAGGUUUGCCUGUGAGAAGGCCUAGGUCACCGUGCCGCCCACUCUGGGUGCUGGCGGUCACCGUGCCCUGUACAAGGUAGCCGUGAGUGGUGAGCCACCUGAGCCCGCACAGGGUGCCAUCCUGCGGUGGCCCACUUCCCCUGCCCAGGAGCACAUGUUUCAGGAUUCCGAAACAACCUUGGAUUGUUUGGGGGAUCAUCACUCUCCCCUUUUUGGUAGCUUUUGUGCCCAGAGCUGUGUCUGAUUUCACCUGUUCUCACGGCAGCUGUCCGUCACCCUCUGGGUUUCGCCCUUCUAGAGAUGACACCUCCCUUUGGCACUUCUUAGCCAUCCAUUGUAGACUUUCCUUUGUCUUCAGGUCUGUAGUCUCCUCCUUAGCCUUAUAGCAGGAAAGAUGGAAACUAACACUGAACACUUCCCAUGUAUGAGGCACUGUUCUGAGUGCUUUGUGUAGUAGCUAAUUUAACUCUCACAAAGUAGGUGAUGAUAUUAUUUCCAUUUUGCAGAUGGGAGAACUGGGACAUGAGCUAGAUAUUUUACCCAGCACCCAGAGCCUACACCCUAAUAUCAAAGAAUUCCUUCAGCAGAAUCCAGGAGACCUUACGCCUAAACAGCUCAGUCCCCACCCCCCGCUGCCAUUUUCCCAUAUCCCACUAUUUCAAAAACAGAAUUUUAUGCUGCGAAUGCAUUUCUUUUAUGUCAGAGGUAAUAAACCCUUGCAUAAUUAAUUCAUUCCAUUGUUUAUUGAAUGUUUACCAUAUAUCAAUGUCCUAUAUAAAUUCUUUCCUUGAAUUCUGACAGCCCUCUGAGGUAGCUGCUACUGUUCUCUCCAUUUUUAUGGAUGUGGCAACUAAGACUUAAAGAGGUUAGGUACUUUACCCAAAGUUACUGAGUUAGAAAGACACAGCCAGGGAUCAAACUCUAGAUUUUCUGCCUAUCACAGUGUAGGCUCUUUGCAUUAAGGGGGCCUACCUCCUAGGGCGCCUGGGUGUCUCAGUUGAUUAAGCGUCGGACUUCAGCUCAGGUCAUGAUCUCGAGGUCCGUGGGUUCGAGCCCCAUGUCAGGCUCUGUGCUGACAGCUGGGAGCCUGGAGCCUGCUUUGGAUUCUGUGUCGUCUUCUCUCUCUGCCCCCUCCCCUGCUCACACUCUGUCUCUCUCUGCCUCUCAAAAAUGAAUAAAUGUUAAAAAAAAAAAAAAAAAAAAGAAGAGUCUACCUUCUUAUAUCACAGGAUUUCUCUACUUUGACGCUGUUGAUGUUUGGGGCUGGAUAGUUAUUAUGGUGGGCUGUCCUGUGCAUUGUGGGGUGUCUCCAGCACCCACUAAAUGUCAGUAGCAACUCCUCCCACACCCUCAAACCCCUGCGGCAAGUGGAGACAAUAAGAAACGUCUGUUGUUGCCAAACGUCCCCUGGGAUGGAGAGCUGUUACAUUCGGAGGGAGACUGUGUUCGGCUUGUUUUGCUCAGCCUGCAGCCCGCCCACUUCCCCUAAUUCUGUAGCUCCUCCUCCAGGAUCGGAGGCCCCCCAGCCUGCGUGAACACGUUCAUGGCUCAGGGACUGCGUGCCUGUGUUUCCCUCCAGGGCUGUGGUGGAGGCCGUGCAUCGACUUGACCUCAUCCUUUGCAACAAAACCGCUUAUCAAGAAGUGUUCAAACCAGAGAACAUUAGCCUGAGGAACAAGCUGCGUGAGCUCUGUGUCAAGCUCAUGUUCCUGCACCCGGUGGACUAUGGGAGGAAGGCUGAGGAGCUGCUGUGGAGAAAGGUGUACUAUGAAGUUAUUCAGCUUAUCAAGACUAACAAAAAGCACAUCCACAGCCGCAGCACCUUGGAAUGUGCCUACAGGACACAUCUGGUGGCUGGGAUUGGCUUCUACCAGCACCUGCUUCUCUACAUCCAGUCCCACUACCAGCUGGAGCUUCAGUGCUGCAUCGACUGGACCCACGUCACCGACCCCCUCAUAGGAUGCAAGAAGCCAGUAUCUGCCUCUGGGAAGGAGAUGGACUGGGCACAGAUGGCGUGCCACCGGUGUCUCAUGUACCUGGGGGAUUUGUCACGGUAUCAGAAUGAAUUAGCUGGCGUAGACACCGAGCUGCUAGCUGAGAGAUUUUACUAUCAAGCCCUGUCAGUAGCCCCCCAGAUUGGAAUGCCCUUCAACCAGCUGGGCACGCUCGCGGGCAGCAAGUACUACAACGUGGAAGCUAUGUACUGCUACCUCCGCUGCAUCCAGUCGGAGGUGUCCUUUGAGGGGGCCUACGGGAAUCUCAAGCGGUUGUAUGACAAGGCUGCCAAAAUGUACCACCAGCUAAAGAAGUGUGAGACUCGGAAACUCUCCCCCAGCAGGAAGCGAUGUAAAGACAUUAAGAGGUUGCUGGUGAACUUCAUGUACCUGCAAAGCCUCCUGCAGCCCAGAAGCAGCCCGGUGGACGCGGAGCUCACGUCCCUCUGCCAGUCAGUCCUGGAGGACUUCAACCUAUGCCUCUUCUACCUGCCUUCCUCACCCACCCUCAGCCUGGCCAGCGAGGGCGAGGAGGACUACGAGGGCGGCUACGCUUUCCUCCCGGACCUUCUCAUCUUCCAGAUGCUCAUCGUCUGUCUCAUGGGUGUGCACAGCUUGAAGAGAGCAGGAUCCAAGCAGUACAGCGCGGCCAUCGCCUUCACCCUGGCCCUCUUCUCCCACCUCGUCAAUCACGUCAACAUACGGCUACAGGCUGAGCUGGAGGAGGGCGAGAACCCCGUGCCGGCGUUCCAGAGUGAUGGCACAGAUGAGCCCUUGGAGAAGGAGGAGGCGCCAGGCCCUGAGCCCCCUCCCGCAGCACCUCAAGCUGGUGAGGUCAGAAAGAGCCGGAAGUUCUCCCGCCUCUCCUGCCUCCGCCGCCGUCGCCAUCCACCCAGAGCUGGGGAUGACAGUGACCUGAGUGAAGGUUUUGAGUCGGACUCCAGCCAUGACUCGGCCAGGGCCAGCGAGGGCUCGGACAGUGGCUCCGACAAGAGUCUGGAAGGUGGGGGAACGGCCUUUGAUGCGGAGACAGACUCGGAAAUGAACAGCCAAGAGUCCCGAUCAGACCUGGAAGAUAUUGAGGAUGAGGAGGGGACACGGUCCCCAGCCCUGGAGCCCCCUCGGCCCAGGUCAGAGGCUCCCGAGUCUCUCAAUGGCCCACUGGGCCCCAGCGAGGCCAGCAUUGCCAGCAAUCUACAAGCCAUGUCCACCCAGAUGUUCCAGACCAAGCGCUGCUUCCGACUGGCCCCCACCUUCAGCAACCUGCUCCUCCAGCCCCCUGCCGAAGCCCCCACCGCGGCCAGCCGCAGGCCCUGUGUCAACGGAGAUGCGGACAAGCCCUCGGAGCCAGCCUCUGACGACGGCUCCGAGUCGGAGGGCAGCGAGUCCAGCGGGCGCUCCUGUCGGAACGAGCGCAGUGUCCAGGAGAAGCUGCAGGUGCUGGCGGCUGAAGGCCUGCUUCCUGCGGUCAAGGUCUUCCUGGACUGGCUGCGGGCCAACCCGGAGCUCAUCGUCGUGUGUGCACAGAGCUCUCAGAGCCUGUGGAAUCGCCUGUCUGUGUUGCUGAACCUGUUGCCAGCUGCCGGUGAACUCCAGGAGUCUGGCCUGGCCCUGUGUCCCGAGGUCCAGGACCUUCUCGAAGGUGGUGAACUGCCUGACCUGCCCUCUAGCCUGCUGCUCCCAGAGGACACGGCCCUUCGUAACCUGCCUCCCCUCCGGGCCGCCCAUAGACGCUUUAACUUUGACACAGAUCGGCCCCUGCUCAGCGCCUUAGAAGAGUCGGUCGUGCGCAUCUGCUGCAUCCGCAGCUUUGGCCACUUCGUCGCCCGCCUGCAAGGCAGCAUCCUGCAGUUCAGCGCGGAGGCCGGCAUCUUCGUCAGCAUCGCCCAGUCUGAGCAGGAGGGCGUGUUGCCGCAGGCCCAGGCCCAGAUCCGCAUGGCUCAGGAGGAAGCGCGUCGGAACAGGCUGAUGCGGGACAUGGCCCAGCUACGACUCCAGCUCGAGGUCUCUCAGCUAGAAGGGAGCCUGCAGCAGCCCAAGGCCCAGUCGGCAAUGUCUCCCUACCUCGUCCCCGACACCCAGGCCCUCUGCCACCACCUCCCGGUUAUCCGCCAGCUGGCCACCAGUGGCCGCUUCAUUGUCAUCAUCCCGAGGACAGUGAUCGACGGCCUGGAUUUGCUGAAGAAGGAACACCCAGGGGCCCGGGAUGGGAUCCGAUACCUGGAGGCAGAGUUUAAAAAAGGAAACAGGUAUAUUCGCUGCCAGAAAGAGGUGGGAAAGAGCUUCGAGAGGCACAAGCUGAAGAGGCAGGAUGCGGAUGCCUGGACCCUCUAUAAGAUCCUGGACAGCUGCAAACAGCUGACCCUGGCCCAGGGGGCAGGUGAGGAGGAUCCAAGCGGCAUGGUGACCAUUGUCACGGGCCUCCCACUGGAUGACCCCAGUGCGCUGUCAGGCCCUAUGCAGGCAGCCCUGCAGGCCGCUGCACACGCCAGUGUGGACAUCAAGAAUGUUCUGGAUUUCUACAAGCAGUGGAAGGAGAUUGGUUGAGAUGGACCCCCAGGCCCUGCAGUGGGGCUGACUCCAGAUCUCUCCUGCCCUCCCUGGCAGCCAGGACCGCCACCUGUAGUCACCCCACCACACACAGACUUCACUCACGCACGCACGCAGAAAGGAGGCCACAGGGAGGGCCCGGGAGCCGCAGGGAGGGCCCGGAGCCGGCCGGGAGGGCGGGUCCCCUUGUUGUCAAGACGUCAGGAAAGCAAGGGAAGUGCUUGGAGCAGGAGAGGCCUGUGGGCCCCCAGCCCGCCCUUCUGCCUCGGCCCCCUGCUGUCCCUGGGGGCAGGCGGCAGGCACGGGCGUCUGUGUUCCACGGGAGUGGUCUGUGGACCUCCGAGGGGGAGGGGCGGCAGGGCCCCUCUUCCUCACGGUGCAGGGUGGUCGGGGCCGGGGCGGACCCUCCGGCACUGGGGGAAGAAUUGGGUAACACCAGACAUCUGACUGGUUCUGUGCGGACCCUUUCCUCCUCAAGGACCUCCCGUUCUCCCUCUGCGCAGGCUGGGCAGCUCUGGAGCCUUGGGGACUCUUCGAGAAGAGGGGCCUGGAGCUGCCCGCACCGUUAGCAGAGCCAGGGCUUGCGACCCUCCUGCCGCCGCAGGGGCCCGCCCACCCGGUUGCCCCGCGUCUGCUUUCUCUCCAUCUGUCCGGUUCCAGGGCAGGGAGCAGGCCCGUGUGCCAGUGAGGGCUCCUGGGCCCGCCCGCCCAGUGGGCGUGUGCGGGGCCGAGUGGGAUGCCAGUACGAGGAGGGGGUGCGGUGUGAGGCCGCCGGCCCCCUUACUGUCUUGGCGAGGCCCUUAAAGCUGCCCGGCCAGGGGCCCGCUGUCCUGGAGGGGCUGAGCUGGGGCUCUCGGGGCCAGUGGCAGGUGAAGUGGGGGCUGAGAUCACGAGGAGCUCAGGGCGGCGGGUGGAGCAUCGAGUGCAGGUUGUGGGGGGGCCCCGGCCGGGACCCCCUAGGGUCCCUUUCCCUGGGGCUGGCCAAGGGGGCCUGGGGGUCUUGGCUCUGUUGCCGCCUCCCCCAGCACUAGCCUCUCCUCCCAGGCUGUUCUCAGAGGAAAGCGGGUUUCUUGUCUCCUUCCUCUAAGACCACGUGUCUGGGACAACCAGGGGGAGUGGGGUCACCCCCAUUCCCAGUCCCUGGCAGAGACUGAGACUAAGGCAUCACUUAAUAAAGACCCCUCGAAGCCCA